AUGGCUCUAGCUAAAUUGAAAGGGCUCCCUACACCAUUAUCUGGUGCGAGUUCUGCAUCUUCUGCGGUCUCUUUGAAGUUGAACCAGGAGCCCGUUAAUACAGAUGAUAUAGACGAGAAUGAUGAAUCUGGUCAAAAUAUUAUAUUAAACAUCAUCUCUCAGUUGAAACCAGGUUGUGAUCUAUCGCGAAUCACUUUACCGACUUUCAUCCUAGAAAAAAAAUCCAUGUUGGAAAGAAUUACAAAUCAAUUACAAUUCCCCGAUUUAUUACUGGAUGCGCAUUCUGAAAGCAAUGAAUUGGAAAGGUUUGUUAAAGUGGUCAAAUGGUAUUUGGCAGGUUGGCAUAUUGCUCCCAAAGCUGUGAAAAAACCAUUGAACCCUGUUCUUGGAGAACAUUUCACAGCUUAUUGGGAUUUACCCAAUAAACAGCAAGCAUUCUAUGUUGCUGAACAAACUAGUCAUCACCCACCUGAAUCUGCAUAUUUCUACAUGAUUCCAGAAUCACAUAUUAGAGUAGAUGGUGUUGCCAUCCCUAAAUCGAAAUUUCUUGGGAAUUCAUCUGCUGCCAUGAUGGCAGGUUUAACUAUAUUGACAUUUCUGGAUCGUGGUGAGAAAUAUACAUUAUCACAACCAAAUAUGUACGUCAGAGGGAUUCUUUUCGGGAAAAUGAGAAUUGAACUUGGUGAUCAUAUGAUAAUUAAGGGUCCAAAUUAUAAAAUUGAUUUGGAAUUUAAAACAAAGGGUUUCAUAUCAGGUACCUAUGAUGCCAUAGAGGGGACAGUAAAAGAUAAUAAAGGUAAAGAAUACUAUGAAAUUACAGGGAAGUGGAAUGAUAUUAUAUAUAUCAAAGAUUUAAGAACAAAGGGUUCUAAGAAGGUCGUUUUAUUUGAUACCCAUAAGAAUUUCGCUUCGAAGCCAAAAGUUAGACCAAUAGAAGAACAAGGUGAAUAUGAAUCUCAAAGACUUUGGGACAAAGUGAUUAAGGCAUUGGCAGAGAGGGACCAUGAAGUUGCAACCGAGGAGAAGUUUCAAGUUGAAAAUGCUCAAAGGCAAUUUGCUAAAAAAAGAAUAGAAGACGGUGUAGAAUUCCACCCUAAACUCUUCAGGAAGGCAAACCCAGGUGAAGAUCUGGAUUACUACAUUUACAAACAUAUUCCUGAUGGCAAUGACUAUGAAGCUCAAAUUAAAAGUAUCUUGGAAAUCGCGCCAAUCUUGCCAGGCCAAAAAUUCACCGAAAAGUUCCAAAUACCUGCAUACAAGAAACAUGAAAUUCAAAAAAUCAUUCAAGAAAAGUCGCAAGGGAAAUAG